AGAAACCCUUGAUUACCCUAAAAUAUCACAUGGGUCCCGUACAUGCUGCCAGUUGGAGUACCACACACUCCUCCAUAAUCGUGGCUCUGCAUCGCAAUUCCUUAGAUGUCUGGGAUUUAAAGAGAAGCAUACUUAAACCAGCUUCUAGUACCAAAGUUUCGAAAGAACCUUAUUACACCACAUUUAAACUGUCACUUUGCGGACGUUCAGUAGCAGUGGGCAAUAGCAAUGGCAUUGUGGAUAUGUUAGCCUUUGAAGAUAUGCCUUUCUCACCACACUUUCAAUACGACCAUUUGGAAAAAACUAUACAUAAAAUAUUGGCUAAUGAAAACGAACUACUAAGGGAUGUUAAAAGUUUGGGAUAUUUUGGUUAUUAAAAUGUGGAAAAAAAAGAAUGAAUAUUUUUAUAUCGAAAAUCUUUUAUACAUAAAAUCUUUGCUUUAGCAUCUUUUUA